AUGGUGGUCCAUAAUAUUUAAGAAGGACAGGAGGUAGAGUUAAAACCCGGUUCAGAAUAUCUCGACUGGCUUUAGAAACUUAAUACAUUUAAAGCGCAAUACUGGCUUAGAAUACAAAAAUUAAGAAUAAGAAAAAAUAACUUUUUGAAUAAGUUAAAAAAGUUUUAGAUUAUGUAUAUGUAUAA